CAAAUCGACACAGAAAAGUUAUUUUAACAGAAGUUUCCUGAAAAGUUGAAACAAACAAACCCUAAUAACGACUAUUAACAAAUUUCAUACGCUGAUGAACAACUGAAAUCUCUCCUUUCCUUACUGUCUCCUGUCAUGGCUUCCAUUCGCAGACUCGUUCCACUUCGUGCGUCGCUCCUGUGGGCUAACUUUCCUACUUCUAGUUCUGGACUUCAAAAAGGGUUUGGGAGAGGAUGUAAUAGCCAAACAGCAAGUAUAUCUUAUGAUCGAAGUGUAGGAAAGCUGUUGGAAGAAGAACAUGUAACUGAUAUUGGUUAUUCAGAUUCUAAUGAUGAAGUAGCUAAAAUUCGGGAGAAGUUUGAUCUGGCCAAACAGAGGUUUCUUAAGAUUCCUGAAGCUUUAGACAGAAUGCCUAAGAUGAACCCCAAAGGUAUAUAUGUUAAUAAGAAUCUUAGAUUGGACAGCAUACAAGUUUAUGGAUUUGACUAUGAUUAUACCCUGGCUCAUUACUCUCCUAGCUUACAAAACUUGAUCUAUGAUAUGGCAAAACAACACUUAGUAAACGAGCUUAGAUAUCCAGAUGGCUGCUUGGCAUCUAAAUAUGAUCAAAGUUUUCCAAUUCGAGGGCUUUAUUAUGAUAAGCUAAAAGGUUGCCUUUUGAAGCUAGAUUUCUUUGGAUCAAUUGAGCCAGAUGGAUGCUACUUUGGUAGACGCAAGCUAAGUCGGAAGGAAAUUGAAGAGCUUUAUGGAACGCGACAUAUUGGGCGUGAUCAAGCAAGACAACUUGUAGGUUUGAUGGAUUUCUUUUGCUUUAGUGAGGUAUGCCUUAUUGCAGAUAUUGUGCAAUACUUUGUUGAUGCAAAGUUGGAAUUUGAUGCUUCUUACAUAUACCAAGAUGUACAUCGUGCAAUUCAGUAUGUACACCGAAGUGGUUUGGUUCAUAGAGGAGUUCUUGCUGAUCCCCCAAGAUAUUUAGUUAAAAAUGGGCAAUUUCUGUCUUUUCUCAAAAUGUUGAAGGAGAAUGGGAAGAAACUCUUCUUAAUGACAAAUUCUCCCUAUUAUUUUGUUGAUGGAGGGAUGCGCUACAUGUUGGAGGAUUCUUUGGGUUGUGGAGAUUCAUGGAGGGAGUUAUUUGAAGUUGUGAUUGCUAAAGCGAAUAAGCCUGAAUUCUACACAUCUGAGCAUCCAUUCCGUUCCUAUGAUGUGGAGAAGGACAAUCUAGCCUUCUCGAAAGUGGAUGAGUUUCUUCCAAAUAAAAUUUACUACCAUGGAUGCCUCAAAACCUUCUUACAAAUCACCAAGUGGAAUGGCCCAGAGGUGAUAUACUUUGGGGACCACCUAUUCAGCGAUCUACGAGGCCCUUCAAAAGCUGGCUGGCGUACAGCUGCAAUCAUCCAUGAAUUAGAACACGAGAUCAAAAUACAGAACGAAGAUUCUUACCGUUUUGCACAGGCGAAAUUCCAUAUAAUACAAGAACUUUUGGGGAAAUUGCAUUCAACUGUAUCUAGCAAACACACAUGUGACCGUUUUAAGUCCCUUCUGGAUGAAUUAAAUGAAGAGAGACAAAAUGCACGGCGUACAAUGAGAAACAUGUUUAAUGAAUCCUUUGGGGCCACUUUUCUCACUGACACUGGCCAAGAAUCGGCUUUUGCUUAUCACAUCCAUCAGUAUGCUGACGUGUACACUAGUAAACCUGAGAACUUUAUGUUCUAUCAACCUGAGGCAUGGCUUCAUGUACCCUAUGAUGUUAAGAUCAUGCCACAUCAUUUAAAGGUUUCUUCAAGCUUGUUUGGGACUUGAUGGGUGUGAUGAGAAGAAUUUGGGAAAUAUAAAGGAGGAAAAAAGGGAAAUAAGAUAAGUUUUGUGAGGGUAUGAUGUGUCAUCGUUUAGUCUAUGUACAGAUUAUUUAAAUGAUUCAUUGAUUUUUUUUUGAAAGUAGAAUUUAGCAAAGAAUAGGUCUACAUGCUCUCAUUAUUUUUUAUUCCGUAAGGAAACUAUAUUUAAUAGCUAAACAAGCUGAUCCUAU